AUGGAGACCUUGACAGAUUACAGUGGCCAGUUGCUACCAAUGGCUGAAGCAUUUUGGGCAGACAUUGUAGAGUCUUACUCACCACAGAGAAUCGAGUUUGUGGGCACUCUGCUGGUUCAGGUGCUGUCAUUCUGGUUUCCUUCGAUAUUGUGCCUAGUCUUAGAUGUUACUGCGCCGGCAUUCUCUCAGAAACACAAAAUCCAACCCGCGCCAAAACAACCUACACGACGCGACAUCCUACAAUGCUUCCUUGUGGUGACGCGAAAUCAGAUACUCUCAUCUGUGCUACAUCUCGCUCUCCUCACUUUAUCUAGCAAAGCGGGAUCCCAAUCCGCAUACCGCGUUGAAGCAUCUCUCCCUGGUGUGGGAGAGUUUAUCCGCGACUUUUUGAUCAGUAUACUUUUGCGCGAGGCCAUGUUCUACUACAGUCAUCGAUUGCUCCAUGUGCCGUAUCUAUAUCGUCGAAUUCACAAAAAACAUCACAAAUUUACAGCACCUAUUGCCCUUGCUGCUCAAUUUGCGCAUCCUAUCGAGCAGAUUUUUGCGAACGCAUUACCGAUCUCCCUGCCACCUCAAUUAUUGCGGAGCCAUGUUUUGACCUUUUGGGUUUUUCUUGCAUGGGAACUGUUUAACACGGCUACGGUACAUAGUGGCUACGACUUUUUCCAUAACAAAGCGAAGAUGCACGACCUGCAUCAUGAGAAGUUCAAUCUGAAUUAUGGGUCGAUUGGACUCUUCGAUUGGCUUCAUGGGACAGAUAAAUUGGGGAAGAGACAUUCUGAGUGA